GCAGAGUAUGAUUGGGUUGUGUGUGUGAGACUCAGAGGCAUGGUACUAGCUCGCGCUCUCUGAGAGGGUAUCAUGCACAGGGAAAAGCAGACCCUGCUGGAAUUUAAAGAGAGCGCGCUACGCCCCUGCCUUAGAGUUUGUUUUGACUUUUUUUUAUUUCGCCGGCAACGAGUGUUUUGUUUAUAUUAGACGCCCGUUAGCACCUUAAAUAAGGCUGAAAAUCAAACCAAUCUAGUGCUCCUAGUGUUAAAUGCAAUUGUCACGUGCAACAUUUUAUUGCAGCUGCAACACUUGUUGGCAGCAACACGAAAUAACAACGAGUUGCAAAAACGAGCGACAGCAGCAACUUCUUCGUGCACGGCAGCAACAAGCGACUGAAAACUCGGAUAAAUAAAUUAAUUAUAGUCAUUGGAUCAGUGGCAAAAAUAAAAUAAAGUUUUUGCUUACUAAAUUCAUUUUUUAUUGAUGAAAUGAACACGCGUCGGCGACCUAUAGCUCCAUCGCCAAAUAUUUACGCCACCAACGCCAAAAUCUGUCAGUUGGUGGCCAAACAUCCUUGUCUCUACGAUCGAUCCGAUGAUAACUACAUGCGGAAAUCGACCGUGAAAAACGCCUGGAAGGAUAUAUCCAAAGAGAUGCGAAAUUCGGUCAAGAGCUGCAAGGAACGGUGGCGCAACAUCCGCACCAGCUACGCCCGUUCCAUCAAGGUGCACCACGGUGCGAAUACUUACUAUCUCAACAACGAACUUCAGUUCCUUCAGAAUCACAUCACACCCGGAGUUCCCGUCCCUUUGAGGGGUCGCCGUUCAAAGCCCAAGGGACAGGAGGAUGUGGACCAGGAGGACGAGGAGCACGAAACGCCGGUGGAAGCCUUUCUCGAGAUGAAGCAGUCGCCGAGCAGUCCGGACACCGAUCAUGCGCAGAGCCGCGAAAGCAACGAAUCCUAUUCAGAGGACGAGUCGGAGGACGAAAAGGGUUCCUGGCAGGGAAGAGCAAAAAAGCGACUGCGAUUAUCCAGGGAAGGCAAAGAGGAAGCCAAGGCAUCUAUCCAAAAUGGUGAUGCUGUGCCUGUCAUGGACUUCGAUGACGCAUUCCUGCAGGGCCUGCGUCCCGAAAUCAAGCACAUGAACUUCCACCAGAAGCUGUACUUCAAACGUCGUGUUUACGAGCUGCUCAGCGAGAUAUUCCACUCCGAGGAGUCUGCAUCGCCCGGCCACCCACCGCACUCGCAGCUCCCGGACAAGGUCAAUGGAACGCGAUGCGAAACCCCACCUCCGCCUUCUAAUCCGCUGCAGCACUUGGGACUGACGUUGCAGCUGCCAAAACUGGCAGCCAAGACAGCCAAAGAUGUCUGAGUUUCGUGCUUCAAUCGAAAGAAAUCGAAUUUAUGUACAGUAUUUAGGACAAAUAAUAUUUUAAGUUGUUUUUAAACCUUUUCAGAUUUUAUAUGCUUACUGCAAGAAGCAGUUAAGAGUCUAAUAUGAAGUUGAUAUAAAUUGAAA